CUUGGCGGUGCUGCCCGAAGCGGCCGGACAGCGCGGAACUUUCGCGAACAAGGAGUGAAGCAUCAACACUGGGUUUCCGGGAAAAGGAGGCAGGAAGAAGGUGGCCUUGCGGGGCGUCGCGUUGCUGCGGAGGGAUUUUGUUUUUGUGGUGGCGGAGGGAUUUGCUUGUACGCUGACUUCCGGAAGCGUCCUGGCCCCGAGAGGAAAAGCCCCGAAGGAAACAAUAACAAACGAGAGAAGGAAGCGUUUCUGGGGUUCCUGUGUGGAGCAAUUCUUGUCCGAAAAGAUGAGCUUCGGCCCCUGUCAGGGGACCUGAAAGGUUUCGGCGGGCUUCAGCCAGCCUUUCUCCACCUGUUCCCUUACGGCCCCCUCCCUGGGUAUCGUCAUGGCGGGCGGAGGACCGGGGGGCUACGCGGCGGAGUUCGUGCCACCCCCGGAGUGCCCGGUCUUUGAGCCCAGCUGGGAGGAGUUCACGGACCCACUCAGCUUUAUCGGCCGCAUCCGGCCUCUGGCGGAGAAAACAGGCAUCUGCAAAAUCCGGCCGCCCAAGGAUUGGCAGCCUCCAUUUGCUUGUGAAGUAAAAAGCUUUCGUUUCACUCCCAGGGUUCAACGCCUGAAUGAACUUGAGGCAAUGACCAGAGUGAGACUGGACUUCUUGGAUCAACUAGCAAAAUUUUGGGAACUUCAAGGGUCAACUUUGAAGAUUCCUGUGGUAGAGAGGAAAAUCCUGGAUCUGUAUGCAUUGAGCAAGAUUGUUGCCAGCAAAGGUGGUUUUGAAAUGGUCACCAAAGAGAAGAAAUGGUCUAAAGUGGGUAGCCGUUUGGGAUAUCUGCCAGGAAAAGGAACUGGAUCUCUUUUGAAGUCACACUAUGAAAGAAUUCUCUACCCAUAUGAACUUUUUCAAUCUGGUGUCAGUCUUAUGGGUGUACAAAUGCCUAAUUUAGAUCUUAAGGAAAAAGUGGAGCCUGAGGUUCUUGGCACUGAUGUCCAAACUUCCCCAGAGCCGGGUACAAGAAUGAACAUUCUGCCGAAGAGAACAAGACGUGUCAAGUCUCAGUCGGAAUCUGGAGACAUGGCUAGAAACACAGAACUAAAGAAACUUCGUAUUUUUGGGGCUGGUCCUAAAGUUGUGGGCCUGACAAUGGGAACAAAAGAUAAAGAAGAUGAGGUCUCCCGAAGACGAAAAGUUACCAACAGGUCAGAUGCAUUUAACAUGCAAAUGAGGCAACGGAAAGGAACUCUCUCUGUUAACUUUGUUGAUCUCUAUGUUUGUAUGUUUUGUGGUCGGGGAAAUAAUGAGGAUAAAUUGCUUUUGUGUGAUGGCUGUGAUGACAGCUAUCAUACAUUUUGCUUAAUUCCUCCACUGCCUGAUGUGCCCAAAGGAGACUGGAGGUGUCCUAAAUGUGUUGCUGAGGAAUGUAAUAAACCUCGAGAAGCCUUUGGUUUUGAACAAGCUGUACGAGAAUAUACACUUCAGAGCUUUGGGGAGAUGGCAGAUAAUUUUAAGUCUGAUUAUUUCAAUAUGCCAGUCCAUAUGGUUCCCACCGAACUAGUAGAAAAGGAAUUCUGGCGACUGGUGAGCAGCAUUGAAGAAGAUGUUAUUGUGGAGUAUGGAGCUGAUAUUUCCUCAAAAGACUUUGGAAGUGGAUUUCCUGUAAAGGACAGUCGGCGAAAGAUGCUGCCAGAAGAAGAGGAAUAUGCACUCUCUGGCUGGAACUUGAAUAAUAUGCCUGUUUUAGAGCAGUCUGUUCUUGCACAUAUUAAUGUAGACAUCUCUGGCAUGAAGGUGCCAUGGUUGUAUGUAGGAAUGUGCUUCUCUUCUUUUUGCUGGCACAUAGAAGAUCAUUGGAGUUACUCCAUCAACUAUUUGCACUGGGGGGAGCCAAAGACAUGGUAUGGUGUGCCAUCUCAUGCUGCAGAACAGCUGGAGGAGGUGAUGAGAGAGCUGGCCCCUGAGUUAUUUGAAUCUCAGCCUGAUCUACUACAUCAGUUAGUCACCAUCAUGAAUCCCAAUGUGCUAAUGGAACAUGGUGUGCCUGUGUACAGAACCAAUCAGUGUGCCGGCGAGUUUGUUGUGACAUUUCCUCGUGCUUACCACUCUGGAUUUAAUCAGGGUUACAACUUUGCUGAAGCUGUCAACUUCUGUACUGCUGACUGGUUGCCCAUUGGACGUCAGUGUGUGAAUCAUUAUCGACGGCUAAGACGCCAUUGUGUCUUUUCACAUGAGGAGCUCAUUUUCAAAAUGGCAGCAGAUCCAGAUUGCUUAGAUGUGGGACUAGCUGCCAUGGUCUGUAAAGAAUUGACUCUCAUGACCGAAGAAGAGACACGAUUAAGAGAGUCUGUUGUACAAAUGGGCGUCCUCAUGUCAGAAGAAGAGGUUUUUGAACUUGUUCCAGAUGAUGAGCGGCAGUGUUUGGCAUGCAGAACCACAUGUUUUCUCUCUGCUCUCACGUGCUCCUGUAACCCUGAGCGACUUGUGUGUCUCUACCAUCCAACUGAUCUCUGCCCCUGUCCCAUGCAGAAGAAAUGUCUUAGAUAUCGCUACCCAUUAGAAGACCUUCCUUCUCUGCUAUACGGUGUAAAAGUCAGGGCACAGUCCUAUGACACAUGGGUCAGUCGUGUUACAGAAGCAUUAUCUGCAAACUUCAACCACAAGAAAGAUUUAAUUGAGUUACGAGUAAUGCUGGAAGAUGCUGAGGAUAGGAAAUACCCAGAGAAUGAGCUCUUUCGAAAACUCAGGGAUGCUGUGAAAGAAGCUGAGACCUGUGCUUCUGUGGCUCAGCUGCUUCUGAGCAAAAAGCAGAAACAUAGGCAGAACCCAGAUAGUGGAAGGACUCGGACCAAGCUGACAGUAGAAGAAUUGAAGGCCUUUGUCCAACAGCUUUUUAGCCUUCCAUGUGUCAUCAGCCAAGCCCGACAAGUAAAGAAUUUGCUGGAUGAUGUUGAAGAAUUUCAUGAGCGUGCUCAAGAUGCCAUGAUGGAUGAAACCCCAGAUUCUUCCAAACUCCAGAUGUUGAUAGACAUGGGGUCUAGUCUUUAUGUGGAGCUACCUGAAUUAGCUCGGCUGAAACAAGAGCUACAGCAGGCUCGAUGGUUGGAUGAAGUAAGACUGACCUUAUCAGAUCCACAACAAGUCACGUUGGAUGUCAUGAAGAAAUUGAUAGACUCUGGGGUGGGGCUGGCACCCCACCAUGCUGUGGAGAAAGCAAUGGCUGAACUACAGGAGCUCCUUACAGUCUCUGAGAGAUGGGAAGAAAAGGCUAAGGUCUGCCUACAGGCAAGACCACGGCACAGUGUGGCAAGUUUAGAAAGCAUUGUGAAUGAAGCUAAAAACAUUCCAGCCUUUCUGCCCAAUGUGUUGUCCCUGAAAGAAGCCUUACAAAAGGCUCGAGAAUGGACAAUUAAAGUGGAAGCUAUUCAGAGUGGUAGCAACUAUGCUUACUUGGAGCAGUUGGAGAGCUUAUCUGCUAAAGGACGCCCUAUUCCUGUGCGUCUUGAUGCAUUGCCCCAAGUAGAAUCACAAGUAGCAGCAGCACGGGCUUGGAGAGAACGGACUGGGCGGACCUUUCUUAAAAAAAAUUCCAGCCACACAUUGUUGCAGGUACUAAGUCCGCGGACUGAUAUCGGAAUUUAUGGGAGUGGUAAAAACAGAAGGAAAAAAGUAAAAGAACUAAUAGAAAAAGAAAAGGAAAAGGACCUGGAUCUUGAGCCUCUGAGUGAUCUGGAAGAAGGGUUGGAGGAAACCAGAGAUACAGCCAUGGUGGUGGCAGUUUUCAAAGAACGGGAGCAAAAAGAGAUUGAAGCCAUGCAUUCCCUCAGAGCAGCCAACUUAGCCAAGAUGACAAUGGUGGACCGCAUAGAAGAAGUAAAAUUUUGUAUUUGCCGCAAGACAGCCAGUGGGUUUAUGCUACAAUGUGAGCUGUGUAAAGACUGGUUCCAUAACAGCUGUGUUCCCCUUCCUAAAUCAAGUUCCCAGAAAAAAGGAUCUAGCUGGCAGGCUAAAGAAGUAAAAUUUCUUUGCCCUCUUUGUAUGAGGUCUCGAAGGCCAAGGCUAGAGACUAUUCUGUCACUUCUGGUAUCCCUUCAGAAAUUGCCUGUUCGGUUGCCUGAAGGAGAGGCCCUACAGUGUUUGACAGAACGUGCUAUGAGUUGGCAAGAUCGAGCAAGGCAGGCCCUAGCCACAGAUGAACUGUCCUCUGCCCUGGCCAAACUUUCUGUGUUGAGUCAGCGUAUGGUGGAACAGGCAGCCCGAGAGAAAACUGAAAAGAUCAUCAGUGCAGAACUCCAAAAAGCAGCUGCCAACCCAGACUUACAGGGACACUUACCUAGUUUCCAGCAGUCUGCUUUUAAUCGUGUGGUAAGCAGUGUAUCCUCUUCCCCUCGACAAACAGUGGACUAUGAUGAUGAGGAAACAGAUUCUGAUGAAGACAUCCGGGAAACAUACGGAUAUGACAUGAAGGACACAGCCAGUGUGAAGUCUUCCAGUAGUCUGGAACCCAAUCUUUUUUGUGAUGAAGAGAUUCCCAUCAAGUCUGAGGAGGUGGUGACUCACAUGUGGACAGCACCUUCAUUCUGUGCCGAACAUGCAUAUUCUUCUGCUUCUAAGAGUUGUUCUCAAGGUUCUAGCACCCCAAGGAAACAACCUCGAAAGAGUCCUUUGGUGCCCCGAAGUUUGGAACCUCCAGUGUUGGAGUUGUCACCUGGAGCUAAAGCCCAGUUGGAAGAACUUAUGAUGGCUGGAGAUCUCCUAGAAGUAUCCCUUGAUGAGACUCAACACAUAUGGCGGAUCUUGCAAGCCACACACCCACCCUCUGAGGAUAGAUUUCUGCAUAUCAUGGAGGAUGACAGUAUGGAAGAGAAACCAUUAAAAAUAAAAGGAAAGGACUCUUCAGAGAAGAAGCGAAAACGGAAGCUUGAAAAGGUGGAGCAGCUUUUUGGAGAGGGAAAACAGAAGUCCAAGGAAUUAAAGAAAAUGGAUAAACCUAAAAAGAAGAAAUUAAAAUUAAAUGCAGAAAAAUCAAAAGAACUGAAUAAACUGGCCAAGAAACUAGCAAAAGAAGAAGAGAGAAAGAAAAAGAAGGAGAAGGCUGCGGCAGCUAAAGUUGAGCUUGUAAAAGAAAGCACUGAGAAGAAGCGAGAGAAAAAAGUGCUGGACAUCCCCUCAAAAUAUGAUUGGUCAGGAGCCGAGGAAUCUGACGAUGAGAAUGCCGUGUGUGCAGCACAAAACUGCCAGCGGCCCUGCAAAGACAAGGUAGACUGGGUACAAUGUGAUGGUGGCUGUGAUGAGUGGUUUCAUCAAGUUUGUGUGGGUGUAUCUCCAGAAAUGGCUGAAAAUGAAGAUUACAUCUGUAUAAACUGUGCAAAGAAGCAAGGGCCAGAUAGCCCAGGACAAGCACCACCUCCUUCCUUCAUAAUGAGCUACAAAAUACCAGUGGAGGAUCUUAAGGAGACCAGUUAGCACAUGCUGGGUUAGUUUGGGACAUGGGGGGAAAUGGACCAUAUUUGAGACCUAGUCAUCAAAUAGAGUGGCAUAAAUCCACUUGGAAUAUUGCUUCCAAAGACAAAUGGCCUUCAGAGAAAGUCCUUUAGCUGACUUCCUCUUUGCAUGGACUGUGUGAUCUGCAUUCUCUCUCAGCACAUCUAUGCAGAGGGUGUCUUCAUUGGUAUAGGCAGCUAGCAUUGUGGUUAUGUCUUCUCUGAGUAUGAUCUGCUACAUUAGGGCCAGACAUUUGAUUGCGCUCUCGGGUGGCUGGCUGGUUGGCACUAAUAACCUUGGUCUGCUAGCAAGGCGUGUAGGAUGUGUGGCUUAUGGCCAGUUGAUAUUAGAGGUUUACAACCGAGGGGCAGUACCAUUUGAGGGUGUUGAUUGCUUGAAUCUCCUUAGUUAGUUGGAGAGGAGUCAGUAUCACGUUUUCCUUCCACUGUCAUGGGAACUAGGAGAGAAACAGGGCCCAAGUCACACCUGUUAGAACCAUAGGAUAGUAACAGUCUGUAGACAUCAGCUUCUUACACUUGACUGUAUCAAGAAGAAAACCCCAGAUGAAGAGCAGACUACAUGAUCUUCCUGAGAGAGGAAGAUGUCAUCUGACAUUUUGGAUUCUGAGAAGAGCUUUUAUUUCAAGACAAGGAGCUUUGAGAAAUCUUGCUGCCAUGGGUCUACAUUUUAAACAAUGCAGGUACAAUGGAUCCGAACUUUUGCAAAAGAAAAGAAGACAUUAGAUUGUUUUACUGAGCCACAGUGAUGCAUGCUUCUUGGGGGAAAUCUUCAUUCACAAGUAUACCAGAUACCACCAGGCUUCAGGCAUGCCAUGAGCAAGACCAGCAAAUAACAGCUUUUUGCCUUGCAGCCCUGACCCCAAUGUCUGCUGUUUGCAGUACUGGCAAUUUCAGAUUGUGACCCACAGCAGAGCUGCUGACUGACACCAGGCUUCAUCGGGGAUGUGGGGCUGUAGUGCCUCUGGGUGAUGAAGUUGUUUUAGUAAAUCCAUUUUUAAAAAAAGAAAAGAGGACUUGUUUUUACUUUUUCUAAAUGUCUCUGACUACUGACUGUUCUAUAAAUAGAUUAUUUUUCCUUUUUUAAUAUACAUAUAUGAAUAUAUAAAUAUAUAUUUACUGUUACCAGCAGCAUAUGAGAGUUUCAGUAUCAAAUAUCCAUUUGGGCACUUGCAUUUUCUUUUUUGCCGUUUAAUAAAUCCCAUUCCUUCCUUGUAGUACAAGGAGUUGGGACUUAUUUAUAACUCCGUCCUAGAUCAGAUCAUCCAUUUAUUUGUGUUCAUAUAGUUAAUUUUAUUUCUUUUGUGUGGGGGGAAUGUGUCUCUGUCAGAAAUCUUGGUUUUACUAAAUUUGUGAUGGCUAUUUUAUUUUGUAUGUGAAUGUUUGAAAAUAUGGUGCUGUGUCCUUUUUUUCCUGUUCUCUGUUCUUGUUAAGGUGUUAGGCAAGCUGUACGGGAACUCUUUUGGGGGAUUUUUUCUUCUCUCUCUUUUUUUUUUAAGGACAAAGAAAAAAACCCAAACAAACUGAAAAUAGUGUUUUGUCUUCACUAUAUAGUGUUCCUUUAUUUUGGUUUAAAAAUCUGUGGUUUGAGUUCGAUUUACCAGUUUUCCUUUUAAAGGGGGGUAGCAGGAGGGCCUAGAAGUAGCUUAUAAUCUCCUCUUCCCUAUUUUUCCCAAUCUCGCUCAAAGAAAUGUCUUCUAGUAACUAGAAGUAAAAUGUACUGUCCAGUUACAGUUAGAGUGGGUAUGAGAUUUAACUCAAAAGGCGCAUCUUAUUUAAAAAGCAAAACCUUUCCUGUAAAAUUCAGUUUCUAUAAAUGCUUUCUCUGGUUCAUACUGUUUUUUAGUCAUUCUUCCUUAAUAUUUUAUAACAUUUUGAGUGUUUUGACCUGUUAAGAGGUUCAUAAGCAUUACUGUGCAUGUCUCGAGAUCUUUUCUCAAAUGUAUGUGUGAUUUAAGAGGUCAGUGGAUAUUUCAAGGUAAACUAACCAGUUUAAAUUUGCCCCCUUCCCCAUGAUAAAGAUAUUAUGACUUAAGAAUUCAUCUGGUUAAUGUUAAGAAAGCACAAUAUUUUUUGCCUUUUGGUCCUCUCUGUAAAAGUAUUCUAACACUUGUGGGUUAAAUUAUGGCUGCCUGGAAUACACACAGAUUUUAUUUUUCCUUCUUAGUCACCAUUAACUACUCAACCAUUAGUGGAAGGGCAUGAGGAUGCUGAAAAGGUGGUUGCUUCUUGAAGUAUGGUGGGUAGGUAGGGGUGGCCAUUUAGGGAUAAGUGUGUCUUUGAUUUGAUAUUUGCCUGCUAGAGACCUAAGAGAAUAAAGACUAGGCAGUCUCCAAACAUGAGUAACUUCCUGUAUAUAUUUAACAUUUUGAAAUUUAAGUAUAUCACUUAAUGUGGCAUUAUUAUUUGGAAGUCACAGGGGACUUUUUGCUCUGACUCUUCACCACAGAUUACCCAAGCUAAGAACAGAUAAAAGGUUAGGGGGAAAAAAGAAAAAUUAACACACAAACCUACAAUUUUGGAAUUGAGCUAAGAUUUAUCUGUCUAAAAAUUUGCUGCUAUUCUAAUUUAAAACAUUUUCAGCUAGAGAAAAUUAUUUACCAUUUAUUCCAUUGUGUAGUAAUAUAACAUUUUUGUAUUAAAACUUGAUUUAAAAUGUUUCUUUACACUUAAAAUCUCUUGAGUUGUAAUUCUUCACCACUGACACUUUACCUUAAAUGUUAAUUCUUUCAAAUGUAUUUCUUAAAUAACUUCAUUAUAAAUGAUUUUGUCAGAUAUAGGAAGAUAAAUGAAAUUGGUAGGUCUUUAAUAAUCAUUCUCGAAGGGUAGCUCAUUGGAACUAUGCAAAACCCGGAAGUUUACAAAGUCCAAUUGCAGCAUUAGCUGGCUUCUAAGGGGAUAAGGAACAUCUUCCUCCCACAAAUGUUUAUAUCAUUUCCUGAUAGUUACUACGACAAAGCCAUACUGAAAUGUAGAAGCGAGGCUCUCUUGCUAGGCUGCUGGGAACGAGCUCUGUAUUGCGGACUUGAAUUUGUGUCUCAAUACAGUUACAACUUAACUGCAUCUCAUACUUUGAAGAGUUAAAAAAGCAAACAUUAAAUCUGUGAUGACCACAAUGUACUUAAAAAAUCAAAAUCUAGCAAAGACUAACAGACCUGUAAAUUUAGUGUAUUUGCCUGUGCUUCACUUUUGUUCUCUGCUUUAGUCUUAAACAAGUCUUUGUUGUUCUUGAUUUUUAGAUUUUGGGUGCAAUUCAUAUACAAAAAGAAACUAUCUUUGUCCAUUUUUUAAUUCUAUAGUAUGUUGUGUGAAUAUCAUCCUGUGCUUAAAAUAGGAGGAUGAAAGGAAAAACUGAGAAAACCCUUCUUUCAAAGGGUGCUGUUACCGAAAUUUUAAAGGAGAAAGUGACAACUAGAAUGGCAUUUGAAAGUUGUGAAUUGUAGAAAGACUAAACUCUUGAUUCCUAUAUAUAACCAAGUUCAGUAAAAGUUUACAUGUGAACUAGUUUCAUAUGUGUGUGGAAAGUUGAAUUUGCAGUAAGAACUUAAGUCUAAAUCUUAAAAAGCAGUUGAUCUACCUUUCACCUUUUCAUUUUUGUUUUUUAAGUAUAUCAUUCAGAUAUGAAUGUGCCAAGUGAUAGAGCAUAAGGAGGAAGGAAUGGGAAUUCAUGUAAUUUGGAAUUGCGCUCUUCUUUUGGCCUGGAUCAUAUCCAGUCACCACUAUGCAACCAAUGAUUUGCACUGGGGAAGGAAUAUGACUGGUUUUUAAAGCUGUAUCCUUAUUCUUUUGCAAUACUCCAAGACGUCUAAUCUUUUGUAAACCUCAAGGCCCCCUAAUGAUUAUCCCUUAACAUAUUUAUUUACCUGUUAGUGACGCUUAAUAUAAUAGACCCUAAUUUACCAGGGUUUUUGGUGGUGCCUUAUGAAAAGUAUAACUUGUUUUGUUUUUUUGAGCAUGUCUUGUGUUUCUUUUGUU